CUUUCUCUCUUCUCUCUCUCUCUCCCUCUUACCCGGCUCUGUUUGUUGAAUGUUGAUGCAUAUGAUGGCUAUAGAUUGCUGCAUAAGUGGUUAUAGACUAUAGUGCUUUGUUAUUAUUUAUUUGUUUAUUUAUUUAUGGGUUCAAUUUUCAAAUGAGUUAGUAAAUUUUUAGUUGAACUGGCAAGUUGAUCAUCUUUGUUAUGUUAUAGCAAUUGGAAGUUUUCAUGCUUUUAAUUAUGAUGCCUGCUGAAGAGAAUUGUUACAAUAGUUGCAAUUGUGGCUAGAUUGCAAUUUGAAGUUUAAACUUUAAACAUUUGAUUCCUCAUGGGAAGAAAAUUAAAAGUCCAGCUUUUGGCUUUCUGUAAUGAUUUUCGUGGUGGUUCUUGGUGAAUUUCAGGAAAAACAAGUCUUUGAAGAGUAAGCUGAGCGCAUGGAAGAAAAAUGUGUUAUGAUGGAACAGUGAUUCCUAGUGUUACAAGUAACAGUUAUGAUGAGAUGAGUUCCACUUUUUUAUAUGUUAGUGAUCAUGAUUUAUGAACUAGCUAUUGAUAUUUGUAAUGGGCACCAGGAUUUACUGCCUAUUGAAGAAUGAACUCAGCUGAAAAAUUCAAAACCAAAACUGAAACUCUUCAGUUUUGGAUUCAAUUAAUUUAAUAUACUUUUCUGUUUUGACUGCAUUGAAAUGUAACAUAUGAUGAUAUGAUGAACUUGUAAACAGAGACUGCCUUGAAGUUCUUGCCCCUACAAUGUUUGGACUGCUCCAGGCUAUUUAGUUUUGGUAUUCCUAUUGCUGUUUGUUAGUUUUGGUAUUCCUUGCAUUGUCAAAGUAUUAUCUUCAAUAUUGGCUGCACAAAUGCACUUAUGUAUGUUUUACAUUUGAGUUGGCUUCCUCUACAUUUUGCAGUACCUCUCUAUAUUGGCUGAUUGAAGAUUUUUAUUUUUCUAUUUGGGCAGAUUAUUUUUACUAAUGCCUCAUUCUAAAAUGGGUGAAAAUGAGAUUGUUGAAGAUUUAAAGGAUGAGGAUGAUGGAAAUGAAGAUACUGUUGAAAAUGAUUGUGACAAGAAUUCUAGAAAAAGAUCUUGGGUAUGGAAUCACUUUAUUGAGGAAAAAAAUUCUGAAGGGUCAAUAGCUAAGUGCAAAUAUUGUAAAAAAGUUUUAAGUGGGAGCACUAAAGGAGGAACGAGUCAUCUAAAACGCCAUCUAGAAAAAGUUUGCAAGAAGUAUCAAAAGAAUCCGACUAAUCAGUUGCUCUUACUACCAAGUUCAAAAGAUCCGAUAAAGGCUUUCAAAUUCAAUCAAGAAGAGAGUAGAAAAAUUCUUGCAAAAUUUAUCAUAUGUGCUGAGCUUCCAUUUCGUAUUGUUGAGCACACUGUUUUUCUGGAUUUUAUGAGAUCUCUUCAGCCAUUAUUCAAAAUUAUGGGUCGUAAGAUUGUAAAACAUGAUUGUAUGGCUUUAUAUCAGGAAGAGAGGAAAAAAUUGCAGGAUGUAUUCAAGAACCUAAGUUCUCGGGUUAGUUUCACUACUGAUAUUUGGACAUCUAAUCAGAAAAUUGGUUACAUUUCUUUCACAGCACAUUAUAUUGAUUCUGAUUUUGUUCUACAUAAGAAGAUUAUUAGUUUCAAGAAACUCCCAUACCCUCACACCAGCUUUGCAAUUGAAGAUGCUGUAAGAAAAUGUCUUGUUGAAUGGGAAUUGGAUUGUAAAAUAUGUGCUAUUACUUUGGAUAAUUGCAGCACAAAUGAUGCUGUAAUGAGAAAGCUCCGAGAUCACUUUUGUUAUUCAAUGUUGUUUAGUGAGGAGUACAGUCAUAUUAGAUGUUGUGCACAUAUAUUAAAUAUUAUGGUUCAAGAUGAAAUGAAAAUCAUUCAUGAAGCUAUUGAAUGUAUAAGAGAAAUUGCUAGAUAUGUUUCUGCAUCUCCAUCUCGAAUGCAAGCAUUUAAUGAAAUUGUACAACAUAUGAGACUUCCUGCUAGAAAAGGACUCACUUUAGAUGUUCCUACAAGAUGGAAUUCUACUUAUGAAAUGUUGCAUGAUGCACUUGGUUAUAAAGAUGCUCUUAUUAGAUAUGCAACUGAGCAUUCAUGUGUAUGCCCCACCAAUGAUGAACGGAAAAAGGCUUCUAUAAUUCUUAAAUUUUUAGAAGCCUUUCUUGAUUCCACUAAAGUAUUUUCUGGUUGUAAGUAUCCCACAUCCAAUUUAUACCUAAAAGAAGUUUGGGGAAUUAGGGCUUUGUUGAUGGAUGAAAGUAUCGAUACUGAUGAAACAGUGAAGCAAUUAACAAAUGAGAUGCUAAAGAAGUUUAACAAAUAUUGGUCUCAGUGCAAUAAUUUGUUGGUAAUUGUUUCUAUUUUGGAUUCCAGAUCAAAGUUGAUAUUUGUAGAGUUUUGUUAUCAAAAGGCAUUUGAGUUGGAGGAGUGCAAGAAAAAGAUUGAUGAUAUUCGUGCUUGUCUUUUUAAAUUGUAUAAUGAGUAUGUAGAUGCAACAAGAAUGCAGCCCUCUAUGAGUUCAAGUGAGCGAACAUCUAAUUUUGGUGGACAAGGUGAUAUAAGUUCAGUUUCUUCCAAAAAAAAAAUUGGUAUGAAUUUUGCUCAAUUUAGAAGUCAGAGUUCUUCAAAACGCUCUAAAAGAUCCGAGUUGGAUAGUUAUUUGGAUGAUGAUGUGCUUCCUGAUUUGGAGAAUAAGGAGUUUGACAUCUUGGCUUGGUGGAAGAGCAAUGCAACAGUCUAUCCUAUACUAUCAAGAAUAGCUCGAGAUGUUCUAGCUAUUCCAGUCUCCACUGUUUCAUCUGAGUCGGCAUUCAGCACUGGUGGUAGAGUUGUGGAUCAGUAUCGAAGCUCUUUGAGCCCUUCUACCGUAAAAGCCUUAGUUUGUACCCAAGAUUGGCUUCGUGAACAAUAUGAUGAAGUUGCAAAUUGCUCGAGUUCUGUAACGUUGAAUGUAGAUGACGACACCCUGGACUCCUGGAGUGGGCAAUUUGGGAGAACUGAAUGACAAUACCCUCAUCAGAUCUAGUUCAUACCUAAAGUAUCAAGUAUCAAGUAUGUUUGUUGAUGGAGUAUUUUCAUGUGGAUCAUGGUUAUUUGUUGCAAAAUUUUAUGAGAGUUGUAUGUUUUUGAACUGCAGGCCUGAAGCCGACUUCAGGGGGUUUCUCUAUUACAUGGAUAUGAUGAAUAUAUUAUUGUGCAGGGAACAACGACUUCAGGCCGAUGAUUUUUUUUUAUCCUCCUGUUUUUGAUGGAAUCCUUUUGUUUGGUUGCAGUUGUAUCGUUGCAGUUGGUUGCAUGGAAUGAAUUUUUUUCAAGUUGUCUUCAAACCAUCAGAUGCUAUUUUGUUAAUGAUCUGUCUGAUUGCCUACUUGGUCCAUCUCAUAUUUGAUUUAAGUUGAGUAGGUUGUUUGUUUGUCGACAUUUUUGCUUGUAUGUUUUCAUGUACUUGUAUUUGCACAUACACCUCUGUGAAAUUGUCCUCUAUGCAGCCGUGCAGGUGAUCUGUCAUUUGAGCGUAUUAACUUUACCUCAGUGGAGGUCCCCAUACUUAUUGAUCAAUACUUUUGUCCUGGUCAGCAAUGCAAUCCAAAGGUACGGGCUCCUUACUACAAUACUACUACAUAUUUGUCGAAGCAUGUGUAUGCACGCCUCCACACAUUAUUUAUGCUUGUGCUGAGAUGUACAAUGUCUACACUUUCUUGAAGACCUUAACUGAACUUGGAAAAUGUACAUACAUUAGAUAACCCAUAUCCAUGUUCAAGUGUUCCACCAACAUCAACUAGAAAGUAAAAACCAAUCGGGCCGGCCCGUUGGGCUUGGGCCGGGCUCGGACCGGGCUCAGGCCUCGUUCCUGUAAAAUUGUUCGGACCUCGGCCCGGCCCGAAGCCCGGAAAAAAAUUUCGGGCCGGGCUUGUGUAGGGGUGUGGCCCGGCCCGGCCCGGCCCACUUCCAACCCUAAGUACGAGGAGGGUUCUGAUUCCCAAUCCGUCAAAACAGAUCCAGGCUAUAAGAGGAGCCAAUCGAUGAGAGAGGAAGUUAGCAAGGGUGGCAACCAAAUAGGAUCUAUAUUUGGGACUUUUACUACCAAGACGAGAAAUAAGCCCAAAUAUAUACCAGCAAGGACUACCAUUCAUGACUUAGAUUCAUGUAUCUUUCCCACUAAAGACUCAAAAUAGCAAAGAUUGAUUCUAUACUCAUCAAGGAUAGGAAAAAAGACUAGUGAAGAGUAGAGUUGAUCAUGGACCGAGCCUCAGGCCUAAACUCUAUUCAUUUUUAAUCGAGCUUCGGGCCGGCCAAUGUAAAAUUUGACAAUUUUAGUGCCCAAGCCUAGCUCAUGAUCAGCUUUAGUGAAGAACUAUAGCCAAAUACCUACAAAUGCCGUAGACAAUAGCUGCUACUAUUAUGCUAUUAACUCGAUAUAGAAAACCGAUCAAAGUAUUCAUCAUCUUGGGCCAAAAGAUAUCUAUAUGAGAUGCUUGAUAGUAACAAAGAAGAGCUAGAGAGAUGGAUCGCCUCGUACCAUAUCAAGUAGGACUCUCACAAUGUGACAUUAAUGCAUGAUGGCCAUAUAGAACCCAAUAGGCAAAGCAUUAUUAAUUUUUUGAUAUAUUGUGGCAAAAAGACAUCCUUUUAUAAGUUAGUUGAUACUUCCGACAAGGUGCACAACACCCUGUACAUCCUGAGCUUGAUGGAGAAGGUAACUGAUCAGAUAGUGGAGAAGCAUGUCAUGCACGUGGUUGCCGAUAAUGGACCUAGUACAAGGCUGUUGGGGAUAUGUUGAUGAUCAGGAGGCCACAUAUUUUAUGGUUCAUGUGCUGCACGCUACACGGACCUGCACUAACGGACAUUACUAUAAUCUACAAGGUGAAGAAGGUGGUGGAGACAAUAUGUAGGCCCACAGUCACAUUUCGAUUGCAAGUCCAUAGGUUCUCCAUUUUAACACCUGAUUUGGCUGUAUUAAGGUGAUUAGGUCCUCCGCUAGAAAAGAUUCCCUGAAGCGGAUGUGAAGUAACCCAACCUAGACUUUUUAAUCAUAAAGUCCACGACAAUAUUCAUUUUUAUGGGGAUCUAUUUAAAAACCACAAUGCUUAGCAAAUAGAACACCAUGUGCGAGCAUGGCUUUAGUACCUUAAUGCAAUAAGCUCCUACCAAAUCAGAAUUUGGAAUGGCUGAGUCAACUCAAAUUGAUUGAAUUUCAAAUCGAUUCAGUGUUUGGCUAACACUUCCUGAUUCCCAACUUAUGCAUUGGCUGAAUCAAGAACUUGGAUUUUUAUUCGGGUUAAACUGAAUCCUCCAACUCAGUUAGGUCAUGUUAUGAUAAAAUGGCUGAUUAAGUUUUAAUUAAUUACAUAUUAAAUAUAUCAAUUAUUGAUUCUAGUGAUCUAAAAUAGCUGUAUCAAUUAAAAAAAGAAACAAGGUGUUGAUAACACCAACCCUGAAGACUAAUUAGGAAGGGAAUAUUAAUCCUGAUUGCUAUAUUAGCUAUCCUGUUUUGUCAUACACUACUACCACGAUGCUGACCACCAAGUCACUUAUAUACCUCGAAAAUGCAAAAUCUUCAGCCCCCUCUUAUUGGCAGCCAUACAAACAUCACCAGUCACACCCCCCCCAACCACCCUCUCCACUAUCAUUCAUUACAACCCUGUAGACACUGCUGCCACCUCCCUUGGCUUAUUCCCACCCUCCAUUUGCCAUGUCAGCAAUCCACUAUGAAGAGGUCCACCCCAUCAUCAUUCAUAAACUUCUUUGCCACCCACACCAUUGCAGUUACCUAUCAUUAUCCACAACCUACUCACUAGGGAAGUGCACACAACCAGCAGGCUCCACAAUACUGUGUGCAAACACUAGCCAUAGUGGCGACUAAACUUGCCAAAUGAAUUCACUAUGAAUAAGUCCAUCCCCACCAUCCUUCAUAAGCACCUUUGCCUCCCACACCAUUACAGUUACCUAUCACUGCCUGCCAUUCAUGUUGCAUAACCGUCUCAUAUUCCUCCACAACCCACUCAUUAGGAAGAAGAUGCACCCAAUUAGCAGGUUUCAUGAUGAGUUGCAUCCCAACACUGGCCAUGGUAGUGACUAAACCUGCCAAAUCAAUUUCUGCAUGCAUACAUGCAUACAUACAUAUACAUAUUCAUAGAUGCAUGCAUGCAUGCAUAAAAUACAUGCAUACAUGUGCACAAGUGGUAAAAUGGUAGAUUCGUAUCAGAUUUUAAUGGGAUGAAAAUGUGGGUAUGGUAGAAGAUAAGUCGGAUGGCUUUGUGGACAAGUAAAUGUUGAUUUGAACCAUGAAACUUUUGUCCAAUCCUGAGUUUUUACUGAGCUACAGAACACUGGCUUCAGAAAUGGGUUAUAUAUUAUUUAAGAAGUAUUGUUAUUACUAUAUUAGUUUAUUGAGUCCUGAAAUUCAAGACUAGCCAGGGACUUGAUGCAUUAAUGGACUGCAAAUCAUUACAAUCAUCUUCAGAUUUAAUUCUUUGUUUAUAUUGUUCUUUUUGUUAUUUCUGACUGUUUAAUCAUAAAGUAGGUUUAUUGAGUCAAAGGCAGAUUAGAAGAUUUCAAACUUUAUUUGUUGACUCAAUGACCCAUAGUACUGGUAUUAAUGUUCGCUGAUGCUACAAUAACCAUGAAUAACAAAUCUUACUUAAAAGAAGUAGAUUUAGGAUUUGUAUUGCCUUAUUAGGACUUUUUUUGGCUGAUCUGUUUCCAAGUAGAGGAAAUCUAAUCAGGAAGGCAAGGUAGCUGUUUCAGGCCUGUUUUCUGGUGAUUUUUCAGUUGUAUGCGAAUUUCAAAAGAAAAACAA